AUGGUUUCAUCUUCAGACACAGGAGUAUCAGACACAGUAGACCCCAUGGCAGUUGUGUCAGAUGACGAGAUACCAUCAGAGGGGGACGUAUACACCUCAGACACCACGAGUACAGAUGACGACGAUUUUAUGCCCUUCGCGCUGCCAGACAUCGGAGUUGAGCCUGCUGAUGGCAUUCUUGUUGGGGAUUUACCUCUUGCGGUGAUCCCUGCUCCCGUUCCGCUUACUGCUUUCCCCAUGGUGGAUGUGCCACUCGAUGUCGUAUCUGAUGACGACAUUGAUCUGUUCGAGGAAGGUCCGCCUGAGGACGACUAUGAGGGCGGGGCCCCGAUUAAUGCUGAUGCAAUUUUUCCUAUUGCUAAGGCCCCUGUAGAGGAGCUUCCUGUUGGUUCACCUGUCCCAGACUCAUUGGAGUCUGUGGCAUCUGCGUCUCUGCACGACCAGGGAGUGCAGCAUCACUCUUCUGACGCCGACCCCGACAUGGCGAUGUCAGCUGCACCCGGUCCAUCACACGAGUUCGAGUUCGACCACGAGAUCAAUGAUGAUUUUGAUCCAGUCUUUCCCCCUAACUUCGAUCCUGACCAUGAUAUCGAGUUUAUUCACAUGGACCAGCCCUUAGAGGCGCCCGUAGCUCCUAUUGAUCCUUUGUUUGACAUUCCUGCUGAUUUUGAUAUGGAUCUUGUUGACCCCGAGCCCGUCAUGGCCCCAGAGCCUGUUGUUGACCAUGACCCUGUUCUUGAUGAGGUCCCAGCCGAUGCACCGCCUGAUAUGGGUGCACCAUCCAUUGCACCUCUUGAUGAUAUACCCAUUGCUGAUCUUCCCGUUGUUGCUCCACCAUUGGUGGAUGAUCCUGUUGUUGAUGCACCGUUACCUGAUCCCUUGCCGGUAUUGUUUGACCGUGCACCUUUUGCUGCUCACAUAGACCCUCGCUACGCCGACACCCGCAACGGGUGGAUCGAUGAUGAUGACGAUUACCCACCGUUUGUGCUACCUGUUACUCCUCCAGUAGCACCUGUUUCUGCACCCACUGAUAUCCCAUUGUCUCCCCAACACACCACGGAUGUUCAUCACACUGAUCUUCCCAUUACGUUCCUCCAGGACAUACCGCCACCUCGUCCUUGA